AUGCUGCGAUUCCUCUUCCAACGCCUGCUCUGGUUCGGGGUCACGCUGUGGGUCGUUGUGACCGUGUCCUUCUUCCUGAUGCGGCAAGUGCGCGGCGGUCCCUUCGAUGGCGAACGCGCCUUGAACGAGGCCAUCGAACGCAACAUCAAGGCUCGCUAUCACCUCAAUUGGCCCCAGUGGAAGCAGUAUAUGCAGUACGUGGGCCCGUUCAACCUCGACGAUCACAGCGCUGAGUUCCUGGGCGGCGAUGGCACCGAUGUCUUCACCGGCGUCUUGGUUGGCGACUUCGGACCGUCGUUUAAGUACCGCGACUUCACCGUCAACGACAUCAUCGGCCAAUCUUUGCCAAUCUCCGUUUCCCUCGGGGUGAUCUCGCUCAUGUGGGCGCUCUUGCUCGGACUCAGCGCGGGAGUCUUGUCGGCUUUGUGGCGCGGAUCCACCGCCGACGUCGGGUUGCGUCUCGUUGCAACAACGGGCAUUGCGCUGCCGAACUUCACGGUGGCUGGAUUCCUCGUUAUUUUUUUCGUCUUCAUGAUCCCGCUCUUGCCCGUCGCGGGCUACGGGUCGUGGCGUCACCUGGUCUUGCCCGGCUUCGCGCUGGGUGCGCCCUUCGCGGCCUACAUCGCGCGGCUCACGCGGACAGGGAUGUUGGAAGUGCUCUCCCAAGAUUUUAUUCGAACGGCCCACGCCAAAGGGUUGCCGCCAAGGCUGGUGCUGUUACGCCACGCCCUGAAAGGAGGGCUCCUGCCUGUCGUCAGCUACUUGGGUCCCGCGACCGCCGGCAUCCUUACGGGUAGCCUCGUGAUCGAGCGCAUCUUCGCCAUCCCCGGCACGGGGUCGCAUUUCGUCAAUAGCGCGCUCAACCGUGACUACACCCUCGCGAUGGGCGUCACCAUUCUCUACACGGUACUCGUCUACGCCUUGAACACUCUGGUGGACUUCGCCUACACCCUCCUCGAUCCACGCAUCCGGUUGGAGGAUAGCUAA